AUGUCGACAACAAAAGCAAUCGUCGUCCUUCCAGAAGAGAGAGCUGCCGAUAUCAGAAUGGUUCCCGUUCCCAGGAUCCGUGAUGACUGGACUCUCGUGAGGGUCAAGGCUAUGGCUCUCAAUCCGACAGAUUGGAAACACAUAGACUAUGGCUACGCUAAUGCCGGAGCGAGAAUCGGUUGCGAAUAUGCGGGGGUUGUCACCGAGGUCGGGGCCAAUGUGACCAGUGUCAAAGUCGGCGAUCAUGUUGCCGGCUUUUGCCAUGGAGGACACCGCAGCGACCACGAGACUGGCGCUUUUGGCGAGUACAUUCUUGGAAAGGCAUGCGGCCAGAUCAAGAUGCUCGCCGACAUGUCAUUCGAACAAGCAGCUACGCUACCAAUUUCAAUUUUCACCUGUGGGCUCGGGCUUUACAAAUCCCUUGAACUUCCUCCGCCCGACCGUCCGGCUAAAGAGCCAUUUCCUAUCCUGAUCCACGGUGGCAGCACCUCUACCGGGAUGCGAGCAAUUCAGUUCGCAAAGGCGUCUGGGCUGACUGUCAUUGCCACUGCGUCGCCACACAACUUUGACUACCUCAAGUCUCUCGGAGCAGAUGCCGUCUUCAACUACAAGUCUGCGACCUGUGGACUGGAAAUCAAGUCCUACACCAAGAAUAAGCUUCGGUACGCCUGGGAUUGUGUUGGUGGCGGCGAGACGCUCUGCUGCCAAGCGCUGAGUGAUGUCGAGCCGAGCAAAUAUGGGGCCAUCAACGCCUCCAAUGCCCCGGACCCGGACCUGCUCAAGAGAACCAACCAGGUAGUUGAGGGGCCAUUCUUCGUGCUCGCAUACAAUAUUCUCAAUGAGGAGUACGAAUGGCAGGAUCAGAUGAUACGACCGCCUAAUGACGAGAUGGAGUUUGCACAGUCAUUCAAACAAUUGACCCUAGAGCUUUUCGAGAAAGGGAAACUUGGUUUCGUCAAUAUCAGCCUGAAUAGAGGAGGCAGCGGUCUUGAGGGCGUUAUGGUGGGACUAGACGAGAUGCGAGCAGGGAGGGUCAGUGGUGAGAAGUUGGUAUACACUUUUUAG